CUCCCCCUCUAUUUAAAACACUAUCUCCUCCUUUUCCUUUGGCUCUCCUCAUCCUCCAAGCCAGCUCCUCCUCCCCAUCACAUCCCGCACCCUCUCCCACCCAGCUAACCUCAGAUGUCUGCAGCUCUCCACAGUCCUCAAACACGCCCUUCCCCUCACUUUGGCUCUCGGUUAGUUACUUUUAUGAACCCCAGCAGAGACACACCGGGAAGGUUCCAGGAGGUGGUGGCAACCAGCACAAGGAGCUGUCAAUCAUUUACUUCAAUCUUCAUCCAGAAAACAGAAAAGUGAAGCAUCAGCAAGAGGGGAGAGGUGGUCUUGCCAUGGCAUCCCAGAUCCCAGCACUCCCUCAGUCCAUCACCCCCAGAACUGGCAGCGUCUUCUCUGACCAGUCUGGCUUCUAUGCACUGGACUCAAAUGUACCAGGUUUGUCGAAGCUGAUUCUCAGCAAGCUCAACAUGAAGGAUUAUGGAGAGUACAGGGCUGCAGUUCAGGAAAAGCCUAAAGGAGUCACAUUCCGCAACUACAAGGAGAUGUUUCAGAAGAUGGAGGACACCUUCAAGUUCUGCACUGGCUGUAAUAAAAUCCCAGAGCACUUGAGUGAGCAGCAGACUCUAAAACGCUGUGUGAAGUGCUUGAAUGUGUAUUACUGCAGCAAGGACUGUCAGAGGAAGGACUGGCCUCAGCAUAAGAAGGCCUGUACGACGCUGCGGCUGGUGGCCAUUGACAGAUUGGUGGAAUGGCUGAUGUUUACAGGAGACCUUCCAUUUCCCACUGAAAAAUGGAGCAAGUCUCCAGAUGAAGUGAAGAGCUGGAACGACUGGAUGCCCAUGCAGGCGAACCUUACAGCACAUCUGAGCACUAUCUUGUCGGGUACCAACAUGGCAACUCUAUGGAAGAACGCAGUCAGGCCACAGCCUAAUGAAGCUGACCUGAGAGGAUCCUUGUGGAGAAUUCAGAGCGAGUUCCUCUCCAGGGUUCUCACAGUCGGUAUGGCCAUCCGACGAUUUGGUUUGGACCCGUACGCAAAACCACUUACUAUUCACCUAGCAGGCGCAUCCCACAAUGAGACCAUGGGAGCUAGGUUAACUGACUAUGACGAGCUAAACAACAUGUUCCCCAAACACCAGGGAAUAGAGAUAGUUAUGGUGGGACCUGAGGUGGUAGACGGCCCCAUCAUGAGACCUCCUCUCGUAGCGUUUGGUCCAAAGGAAAGGGUCUACAUCAGUGCAUUUAAGGGCCUUUACCACCAGUUCUGGGAAGCUGUGGAGGAGAAAAAGGAUGCAGCCAAACCGGACCUGGUGGUUGGAUUUCAUCCUGGAUUUCAUGCCAACCCGGGUCUGUUAGAAGGUUGGUUGCCGACACUUCUCCUGCUCAGAGAUUUUAACAUCCCCUCUCUCUUCACCAUGUAUAGUGAAAUGGAGCUUAAAUGUUCUCUGGAGAUCUUGCUGGAGCUGGAGGUGCACGUCAGAGACAGUGGACCCAAUCCUUUCACCUCACAGAAACCGGAACAGGUCCAGUCCUGCCCAAACAAAGCUCCAGUCUACUGCAACUCUCAUUUCAUCCGGUUCCAAGGACUGCUGCCUUGUGAGGACUUGGAGGGUUCGGUUCCAACAGCAAGCAGCUCAUCAUCAAGUUUGUGAAAAAAAACAAACAAAACAAAAUAUAAACUGAUUCGUGCUUCUGCUUUUCUGAACUUCUGACUUUGAUUUAGAAUGUUCCAACCCCUAAAUCUGACAAGGAACCGGCUGUUCACAUUUAAAGUGGGUGCUGAUUUUAAGAAAUGUUAACGUAGUAUCGGGAAAACUAUUAUUUGAGCAUUAAUAAAGUUGUACUUUAAAAAAAAAAAUCAGAUGUAUUUGGUUUAAUGAUGUCUAUAAAAAAACACUUAAAUUUUGUCUCUGUUUAGGCUCCAAGGGGUUACAUUACUUGGUUAUUGUUAUGCGACUUUAAUGAUUCCAGAAUGAGUUCUGUCAUCAUCUGAUAUCACUGACCUGAUCUGUGCACAGAACAAUUCCCAAAUCUCACAAGGACCUCAUGCAUACUCAUUAUAAGGGAGUCUCUGGUUGUCUAAAGUUUAUUAAGAAAAUUGUAUUGAUAGUUGUUCUGGGGAGUAGAAGUGCUGUUGAUUUUGACCUGUUAAUGACCUACUUUAAUGAAAAUCGUGUUUUUAACAUGUUCUUGCAGCAUUUCUUUCAUGAUGGAGGACAUGUAUAAAGGAAAUUAAGCUUACAAUUGCAUUUCUGAGUAUUUCUUUAUUCAAAUUGUAGUGAUCAGGAGCAAAUGCACAAUUUGGAUGGAGCCUGUUGCUGUGAUGUUGGCGCUACAGUCAGUGAGCCUCAUGCUCCCUCCUCCGCUCCAUUCGGAUGCAUCCACCUGUAGAAAAAUAGAUCCAUGCACAUCUUCGAUUGUCUGAGCUGUCAUCUGGCUCAAAGCUGUACAGAUGGAUAUCUCCAAUACUGCUCACCAUUUUGUUGUAUUGGUAAUGUGAAGUUGGGGUUGUGAGGGGCUGUAAGUUAGUGGAAGAGAGUGAAACAAAGGAAUGAUGGGAAUUUGGGAGAAGCUUACUUCACAUCAGCAAUCCCGCCCACAACUAAGAUGCACAUUUCUGAUGAACUACUGCCCCUUUGGAGAAACUAACUACUAAGAAUGAUCAGAGUGGGACUUUAAAGGAUUUGUUUGCUAAAUGUUGGUACAGUGAAGCGCAGAAGUAAAGUGCAGAAGUGUCCAUUUUUUAACUGCAGCUCGUUAAAAUAUAAGAAUGUUAUUUAUUUCUUUUUAGAGAAAAAGAAGAAGACGAGAAAAGAAAUCUUUUAUUGACUUACUAUGGGGAAAGGGAAGUGCGAGCUUAUUUUGGAAAGAAAAUAUUGCAUGAUCUCAUUGCAAAGUGUUAAAUAUAUUUUUCUUUUUUUAACCUAUUUAAAGAAAAUCUAUGAUACAAUUGGCUUCUUUUCUUUCAUUUAAAAUAGAUUAAGAUUUUCUUGUACUUUUGGUUUUACUUUGACAGGAAAUCAUUUUCUUCCAUAUAAAAUACCUUGUGGAUGGCAAAGAAAUAAACAGAGCAACAGCGGCC